GCGGAGCGGAAGGAGCCUGCAGUUGCGGUGGGGGGGGCAUAGUAUCUCCGGGAGCAGGCAGCCCGCAAGAGGGAGCUCCCGACCUGCCGCCCAGAGGCUCCCGCCAAGCUGCGUUCGGGGCCCGGGGUCCUCCCGGAGCAGGGCAGGGAGGGCUGUGCGAGCACGACGGGGAGCAGCCGGGCGGCCGCUUCCUGGAGGCCUCCGGAGACCCCGCCGGACGACGCAGGGGCGAAGCCUGGUUUAAUUCCUGCUCCUGGGACGUGGUGGGGUGAGCGGAGGGAGCGUGGAGGAGAAAGUGGCCCUGGGAGGCGCCCCCCACCGCCCUCCUCCAGAUGUGACCGCGGGGCAUCCGCAGUAACCCCCAGAGACGCCCCUUUAGGGCGGUCAUCCAGCGUGGGUCCCCUUAGACCAGGAGCAGACAGUGAGGACGGAGGGAUGGCGGUCUUGCUGGAAGGCUCUUAGGGAGGAACAGAGCAGGAGCAGUUGCGCCCUUGACCACCCCCUGCGUGAAUAGAAGAGCUGCGUCUCCAGGGGCCGUGGCCUCAGUGCCCCAGGCAAUGCCGGGUGCCAGGGACCCCAGAGCCGCCCGCUGGGAGGAGCCCGGGGUGGUAGUGGGGCGGGUGGCAACGUGGGAACUGAAAGACGUGAGGACGAGUUCCAGCCAUUCCUCGAGAUGGCAGAACGAAACCACUCUGGAUCCUGCUGGUUGGGAGGCAGCUCUUCCUGCACAGAUUUUAAAUGGUUAAACUAUGUUUUGGUUCCUUCCAGAUUUUUCUUUUGUCUAAUGGAAAAGGAAGGGUGAAGUAACCAUGCAGGCAUUUCUAAAAGGCACAUCUAUCAGCAGUAAACCACCAUUGACUAAGGAUCGAGGAGUAGCCGCCACUGCCAGAAGUAGUGGAGAGAACAAGAAAGCCAAACCUGUUCCGUGGGUGGAAAAAUAUCGGCCAAAAUAUGUGGAUGAAGUUGCUUUCCAGGAAGAAGUGGUUGCAGUGCUAAAAAAGUCUUUAGAAGGAGCUGAUCUCCCUAAUCUCUUGUUUUACGGGCCACCUGGAACUGGAAAAACAUCCACUAUUUUGGCAGCAGCUAGGGAACUCUUUGGGCCUGAACUUUUUCGAUUAAGAGUUCUUGAGUUAAAUGCAUCUGAUGAACGUGGAAUACAAGUAGUUAGAGAGAAAGUGAAGAAUUUUGCCCAGUUAACUGUGACAGGAAGCCGUUCAGACGGGAAGCCAUGUCCUCCUUUUAAAAUUGUGAUCCUGGAUGAAGCAGAUUCUAUGACCUCAGCUGCUCAGGCAGCUUUAAGACGUACCAUGGAGAAAGAGUCUAAAACCACCCGAUUCUGUCUCAUCUGUAACUACGUCAGUCGAAUAAUUGAACCUCUGACCUCUAGAUGUUCUAAAUUCCGCUUCAAACCUCUGUCAGAUAAAGUUCAACAGCAGCGAUUACUAGACAUCGCUGAUAAAGAACAUAUCAAAAUCAGCAAUGAGGGACUAGCUCAUCUUGUUAAAGUGUCAGAAGGAGACUUAAGGAAAGCCAUUACAUUUCUUCAAAGUGCUACUCGAUUAACAGGUGGAAAGGAGGUCACAGGAAAGGUGAUCACAGACAUUGCUGGGGUAAUACCAGCUGAAACAAUUGAUGGAGUAUUUGCUGCAUGUCAGAGUGGCUCUUUUGACAAACUAGAAGCUGUGGUAAAGGACUUAAUAGAUGAGGGUCAUGCAGCAACUCAGCUUGUAAAUCAACUUCAUGAUGGGGUUGUAGAAAAUGAUAACCUUUCUGAUAAACAGAAGUCUGUUAUUACAGAAAAACUUGCUGAAGUUGAUAAAUGCUUAGCAGAUGGUGCUGAUGAACAUCUACAGCUGAUCGGCCUCUGUGCAACUGUCAUGCAGCAGUUAACUCAGAACUGUUAAAAUAUAUUCAGUAUGUAUUUUUGUGAACAAUUUAAAAUAAAAUGACUAAA